CCGCGGGCAUCGCCCCUCCCGGCGCCGGGCCUCGGGCCCCGGAGCCCCCGCGCGUCUGGAAAGCACAGCGCGAGCGAACCGAGCUCGUUCACGUUGAUUUCGGUGGCUUGAGCACUUCUUCUGCUCCUUUUUGUUUGCUUGUUUUGUUUUGUUUUCCUUUUUUUUUUUUUUUUUGGCGUGAGCAUCUGGGUCUGUCUCCAUCGGCAAGAUGUCCAGUAAUGUCCCGGCGGAUAUGAUAAAUCUGCGCCUCAUCUUGGUAAGCGGGAAGACAAAAGAGUUCCUGUUUUCUCCUAAUGAUUCUGCCUCAGACAUCGCAAAGCACGUGUAUGACAACUGGCCAAUGGACUGGGAAGAAGAACAGGUCAGCAGUCCAAACAUUCUACGCCUUAUUUAUCAAGGACGGUUUCUACAUGGAAAUGUCACAUUAGGAGCAUUAAAACUUCCUUUUGGUAAAACAACGGUGAUGCAUUUGGUGGCCAGGGAGACGCUGCCGGAGCCAAACUCUCAAGGUCAGAGGAACCGGGAGAAGACGGGGGAGAGUAACUGCUGUGUGAUCCUGUGAGCGCCGCCCGCCGAGUGUGCUGUGCCGUGGCCUGUGUCUCUGUGCUGCCAGGACAGAGGGGACCCACGCCGCGUCGGGGACCGCGGAGUCUGCCUGCAAAGCCACGGACCGCAUCACGACCCUGUGACCACUGUCGUCUUUUCUCACGAAAGUAAAAAGAACCAAGAACAUUUUUCACUAUGACUUUUUAUUUCUAGUAUUUUUGUUUCUGUUAAGCAGUUUUGAAAUGUUGGGUUUUGAGUGCAGUCAGUCUCCAUGGGGAAAGUUAACACGUUGCACCUUUGAUAGCAGAAAUCAUUUUGCCGCCACAAAAAUCAUCACCAGACUAACAAAUCAAGCGUUCCAAGUACAGUUUGCACUAAAAAAGUUUGACGUUAUUUUCUUCAUCAGCAGAAUUUUUAGCAUAGUUUAUGGUACCUAGAAAUACUCGUAUAUACAAUUCCACACUGGAAAACACUCAGCAAUUAAUGAAGUUAAUUACUGGGCCAACUGGAAAGGAAAAAAUGGAAAAGAAACUAAAAUGUUGGGUGAAUUCUACCAAAGUCAGCCGCGGCGGCUGCGCUGGCACAGGACACUAACCAGGGCGGCGGGCGUCCCUGCAGCCGGUGGAGCAGCGAGCGUGCCCAUCGAGAGCCCCUGGCACAGAGCCGAGCGGAUGGCUUUUCCUGUCACGCACCCGCAACAGAUGUGACCGCGCGUGCCCGCGCAGCACGGAAGGGCCGAGUGUGUUUCCUAGCCUUAACGUGGGGGGUCCCGUCGCCCGCACACCGCCGUCGUCGUGCAGAACUCAGAACACCUCAUUCACUGUUCACUUUUACGUAUCGAAUAUCAGCAGUUGGAAUUUUUUCGUAAUUACUCUCCUCUGUAACUGUCCAGUGUCUCACCCAUCAGAGCGUUCAGAUGAAUUCUUCAGAUUAAAAAAUUCUCCAUAGUAACUAAUUUGUUUCUUUACGUAGUUUGCAUUUGGUAUCAGUGCUUGCAAUUGUAUUAAAACCAAAAGCUGAUUUUUAAGGCGUACAUAAUUCAGGAUGCCAUUUUUCUGUUUUGUACCAAUAAUUUAAAAAUUGAUAUGCUAAAAACAAUUUGCACAGCACUAAAGCAUGAGCUAGUUUCACCUAAAUCUGUAAAAAUAUAAAAGAUUUUAUAUUUUUUCACUGGGAAGAAAUUCUUCCUGGAUGAAAUUACAAAUAUGUGUAGAAUAUAUUUAAUAAAAAACUUAUAAAAUACCUAACUAUAGAACUUAAAUAUAGAUUGGCGUGUAGCAUAUAGAACAAUAUUCCAUAUAAAUAACUGUAGCCUUUAUAAAAUGAAGUCGCGGGCUGACACGUCGUGUACUCAGUGUCCACGGUCCUUUCAGACAUUGCGUGUGAACGGUUUCAGGGGGUCAGCUUUGUGUAAAGGUGAUCGGGUGAGCUCGUUGUCAGCGCAGCAAUGAGAAAGCGUGAAGUCCAGUAGAUCUACGAAAACAUUGUUCAUACCCGUCAGAAUUAAAUUUGUAUAGAGCAGAGUUUUAAAAUGAGUGUAAAUAGCAGUAAACGUUUUCUUUCUGCAACCUGGACUUAUAGAUUCUUUCUGUAAACUAAAUAAAAAUCUAGUGCAUUUCAGUGAUCAUUUUAAAAGUCUUGAUUAGGUCGAUAAUUAUUUAAGCACUGUCUCAUUCAUGUUAAAAUUGUUUUAUUUCUGAAUCUUUAAAAAGUUUGUUUUAUUAACAUUCUAUUGGUGGUGUGGCAAGUUAGCCACAUGUGUCCUUCGUCCUUGACCUGGUUAUUUUGUGCGCAGUCCCAACAAUGGAUAGAAUUCUGUCUCUGUUCUCACUAAAUGCCAUAUUCAAGGGAUGUUGGAUAUUUACGUGCUGUGUUGAUUAGCUCAAAUGUGAACUCUUGAGUGUUGGCAAAACACGAAUCUGGUAGUUGCUUAAUUGGGCAAUUAAGCCACUUAUGGCUCUUUUCUUCUUUUGUAAAACAAACUACUGGUAAUUAUUUUUAAUACCUACUUUAAUUCUAAUUCGCCUUCUGUUUUCCCAAAGUUAAAGACUAUCAGCUAAUUGUGACUGAAUUUUUAUGAUGGUUGAAAGUAUUCUCAUUGGUUUCCAAUAUAUUUUUCUGUUCCCACGUUAUAAAUUUCCCUUUCACAGGACCUCAGUGUAGAGUUUGCAAAUGGAUAACCUUGUUUAUUAGUAGAGAAAGAAUUAUGUCACGUAAUACUUAAUAUUGUGCAAAAUGAAAAAAAGAAUAAAAGCAGUAAAAUUAUAGACGGAAAACACCAAAAAUUUAGAUGCCUUAACAAUGUAACGUGAAAAUACUCAACUACCCCUUUUAAAACAGUUUCCUGGAAGCCUGAUGGUUGAAAAAUGAUUGAUCACAGCCAAGGCUACUACUGAAGGUCCCUCUGCCAAAACGACAGCCCACUGACCCAGAGGCGGAAGCUGCAUAGACCCGGUGAUGAAACGCAGCCCGAGUCGCCGGCCUGCGGGGCCGCCCGGCCCUGGGCAUCUCGCUCGCCUCUUUCACCUCAGUCGCCCUGGACUUUGCUAAGCGUCUGGACCGGGCAGGCUUCUCUGCCGUAUUAAAGCCUCAGCGCGUCUCCUUGAUCUGCACCGUUCGCUUUCUCUUCACGAUGAGUUGUAUCUUAUCCUGUCAUGAAAAAUAAUAGUAUCUAACAUCAUCAUGCUCAUUAAACGGGGUUUUCUCAUGACGCUUAUCCUUGGUUUAAUGUCACCUCGACCUGUACAGUAAUUUCUGUUAGCUGAUUGUCAUGCACACUGUCUAACGUGAAAAGGAAUUAAAACUUUCUUCAUCUGUUGUAGAAUA